ACCGCUUCCGGGUCAGAGCGCUCGGAGGCCGGAAGUAGAGGCGGCGUUGCCAUGGCCCCGCUGGGGGACGUGCCCGUGCUCGUCCUCGUGGCUGUUCUGUGGGGAGGGACCAACCCCUUCCUGAGGACGGGCACGGAGGGGCUGGAGAAGGUGAAGCGGGAGACCCGGCUGCUGCAGCUGCUCGCAGAAAUGAGAUUCCUGCUCCUCAACUACAAGUAUAUGGUGCCACUUGCAUUUAACCAGUGUGGAUCUGUACUCUACUACGUCACAUUGGCAUCGGCAGACCUCUCGCUGGCAGUUCCUCUCUGUAACUCUCUGGCUCUGAUCGUCACCCUAAUAACCGGAAAGGUCCUUGGGGAAGACAUCGGUGGUAAAAGGGCCAUGGUAGGAAUGCUGCUCACUGUCUUAGGGGUCACCCUCUGUAUAGCUGGUUCUGUGAAUGAGAAGCAGUGAGAUAUUGAGAGAGAGAGAGAGAAGAAAAGAACAUGCAGAAGAUGAUGCUUGUAUUUGGGAACUGGUACCCUACCCUCCCUGAACCAGCACUGAGCGGCACAGUCCAGGUUUGGGCCCUUUUGGAGGCUGACUGUUGAGAAGUGAGCUUUUCUAGCUGGAUUCUCUUUGUCUUCAUUGUUCCGUGACACCAAGCCUAGAAUACUUGGCUUUUGAGACCUCUGUAAACAGCCGUGUCUUGCUUUUCUUCAGCCCUCCAUCCUGGUGUCUAGAACUCUGGCAUUGUGGGAAGCUUGUGAAAUAAUCUGCAUUUACUCUGUUGCACUAAUUGAGGCACUGGCAUUUCAAAACCCAGGCAAAGUGGGUGGCAAUCACAAAGAGGUUAUUGUGUAGAGUCAACACCUGGGUUUCACUGUUAACAAGUUGUCUCCUUACAAGAUAGUGUGUUUUUAUUAAAAAAAAAAAAAAUCAAAAUAUUUUAACUCUUAAUUAGAUGACUCACUGACUUAGGAACAGAGAAAAUGUUCCAUCCGGUUCACUUAGCAGAGGUAGCUGCAGCUCAGCCCUGCGCGCCUCCCCCUCAGUUAAAUUGCAACCUUAGAGUAUUUUUGGGGUCAUCAAGACUGAAAUAAACUCAGUGGUUCCUGCUUUAA